AUGUCAUCUAAUCAACAACAACAACAACAAGAGUUUGGCCAUUUGGGCAAUGUGAAACAAGGCGAACACGCAAUUGACUCAAAAUUAGACAAUGUCAAUGCUGACAAGUUGACUUCUGGUACUACAGCUGGAAAAACAGAGGGAAAUACCUUAAAAGGUGAGCAAGGAAAAUUCGAGCAAGGUACCGCUGGAAAGACAGAGGGAAAUACUUUAAAAGGUGAGCAAGGAAAAUUCGAGCAAGGCGCUGCUGGAAAGACAGAGGGAAAUACUUUAAAAGGUGAGCAAGGAAAAUUCGAGCAAGGCGCUGCUGGAAAGACAGAGGGUAAGUUUGAGCAAGGUGCUGCCGGAAAGACGGAGGGAAAUACUUUGAAAGGUGAGCAUGGUAAAUUUGAACACGGCGCUGGUAACGAAGAGAGCAAAUUGCAAGGCAAUUACGGUAAAUUCGAACAUAGUUCUGCGAAUCAAACCCACAAUAAUGAAAAAGAAAAAGCUUCAGGGUUGGACAAAUUUAAUGAAAACGCCAAGGAGGACCAGAAAAAAAUGGACGAACAAAUUCUGAGCGGAUUAAACAAAGUUGGCGAUGAGGUGAAAGGUGUGGGAAACAAGAUUGGAUCCAAAUUCAAUGAACUUUAUGAAAAAUACGAGGAUGAUGCCGUCCCAAGAGAGAAGUGA